AAGAAGAAAAAGAAAAAGAACGAGCCCGCGGGGAAGUGACUUCCGCACGUUUCCGGCCUGCCUGUCUGUCCGCGUCAGUCCGUCCGGUGGUGAGCCGCCCCCGGCCCGGCCCGCACGGCCCUCCUCCGCACGCCGCCGCGCCGCGUGGCAGCCCCGCGCCCCGCCGGCCGCACCACGUGUCCGGCUGCCCUUCGCCGGCACCGGCAAAGAUUUAGUUUCCCCCUUCCCGGGCCGCUGUAAUUGUAAACCGCCGGGAGCCCGGGGCCUAUAUUUAUCGAGAAACGCGUGUCCCCAAGGCCGCCGUGAGCGCAGCAUCUGUCUGCCUCUUAGAAAUUUUUUUCCCGCCCCCUUUGCAAGGGGAAUUCCCAACUUUAAUUUUUAUUUUUACGCUCCAGCCCAGGACAGCUGGAGAGUACAAACUCCAGGAGAGGGCCAUAUUGUUUUUUUUUGAAAGCCUUUUGUCUUGGGGGCUUUUGCGGUUCCGUGCAAGUCGUCCUCGCACUCGCAUCCCGCCUGCUCCAGCCUCUCCCGGCGUCGCUGGUGCCACCUGUGCGCUGCGGCGCGGGCCACGGCUCCUCGGAGCCCCUUUUGUCCUGCAGUGGGUCCUGUAAGAAGUCCUCCUGGCGGGGCUCGGGGUGGUGGGGGGUGGGGAGAUGAACGCUGCGGCCAGCAGCUACCCCAUGGCCUCCCUGUACGUGGGUGACCUGCACUCGGAUGUCACCGAAGCCAUGCUAUAUGAAAAGUUCAGUCCUGCGGGGCCUGUGCUGUCCAUCCGGGUCUGCCGCGAUAUGAUCACCCGCCGCUCUCUGGGUUAUGCCUACGUCAACUUCCAGCAGCCAGCUGACGCUGAGAGAGCCUUGGACACCAUGAACUUUGAUGUGAUUAAGGGAAAACCAAUCCGGAUCAUGUGGUCUCAGAGGGAUCCCUCUCUGAGAAAGUCUGGUGUAGGGAAUGUCUUCAUCAAGAACCUGGACAAAUCUAUAGACAACAAGGCACUUUAUGAUACUUUUUCAGCCUUUGGAAACAUCCUGUCCUGUAAGGUGGUCUGUGAUGAGAACGGUUCUAAGGGUUAUGCUUUUGUCCACUUCGAGACCCAAGAGGCUGCCGACAAGGCCAUCGAGAAGAUGAAUGGCAUGCUCCUCAAUGACCGCAAAGUGUUUGUGGGCAGAUUCAAGUCUCGCAAAGAGCGUGAAGCUGAGCUUGGAGCCAAGGCCAAGGAAUUCACCAAUGUUUAUAUCAAAAACUUUGGGGAAGAAGUGGAUGAUGAUAAUCUGAAAGAGCUAUUCAGCCAGUUUGGUAAAACCUUAAGUGUCAAGGUGAUGAGAGAUCCCAGUGGGAAAUCCAAAGGCUUUGGCUUUGUGAGUUACGAGAAACACGAGGACGCCAAUAAGGCUGUGGAAGAAAUGAAUGGAAAAGAAAUGAGUGGGAAGGCCAUAUUUGUAGGCCGUGCACAGAAAAAAGUAGAACGUCAGGCUGAACUAAAGCGGAAGUUUGAGCAGCUGAAGCAGGAGCGAAUUAGUCGGUACCAGGGAGUGAAUCUCUACAUUAAGAACUUGGAUGACACCAUUGACGAUGAGAAACUGAGGAAAGAGUUUUCUCCUUUUGGCUCCAUCACCAGCGCUAAGGUGAUGCUAGAAGAUGGAAGGAGCAAAGGGUUUGGCUUCGUCUGCUUCUCCUCUCCGGAAGAGGCCACCAAAGCAGUCACGGAGAUGAACGGGCGAAUUGUGGGCUCCAAGCCGCUCUACGUUGCCCUGGCCCAGAGGAAGGAAGAGCGGAAGGCCCACCUGACCAACCAGUACAUGCAGCGGGUGGCCGGCAUGAGGGCGCUCCCUGCCAGUGCCAUCUUAAAUCAGUUCCAGCCUGCGGCCGGCGGCUACUUUGUGCCAGCGGUUCCGCAGGCUCAGGGCAGACCUCCAUAUUACACACCUAACCAGCUAGCACAGAUGAGGCCUAAUCCACGCUGGCAGCAAGGCGGGAGACCUCAAGGCUUCCAAGGAAUGCCAAGUGCUAUACGGCAGUCUGGGCCUCGUCCAGCUCUUCGCCAUCUGGCUCCAACUGGUAAUGCUCCGGCCUCUCGUGGCCUUCCUACUUCCACUCAGAGAGUCGGGUCUGAGUGCCCGGACCGCUUGGCUAUGGACUUUGGUGGGGCUGGUGCCGCCCAGCAAGGGCUGACUGACAGCUGCCAGUCUGGAGGUGUUCCUGCUGCUGUGCCAAGCCUUGCACCCCGCGCCGCUGCCGCCGCCGUUGCUGCUGCUCCCAGGGCUGUGGCUCCGUACAAAUACGCCUCCAGUGUCCGCAGCCCUCACCCUGCCAUUCAGCCACUGCAGGCACCACAGCCUGCAGUUCAUGUCCAGGGGCAGGAGCCGCUGACUGCCUCGAUGCUGGCUGCAGCUCCCCCCCAGGAACAGAAGCAGAUGCUGGGGGAGCGUUUGUUCCCACUCAUCCAAACAAUGCAUUCAAAUCUGGCUGGAAAGAUCACAGGGAUGCUGCUGGAAAUCGACAACUCGGAGCUGCUCCACAUGCUGGAGUCCCCCGAGUCUCUCCGGUCCAAGGUGGAUGAAGCUGUGGCAGUUCUGCAGGCUCAUCAUGCCAAGAAAGAAGCCGCCCAGAAGGUGGGCACUGUUGCUGCUGCUGCUACCUCUUAGACAAGGAAAAAGAGUCAAAAGCCAAAUAACCCCUCCUGGCAUUCAGCUAAGGUUUGAAGACUUCCUAGUUUGUCUGUGGACCUGCACAACAAGAGCUACAAGUUGCAAAUUCAAUAGGUCAUUUUGUAUCAAAAGGUCAAUUAUGAGGCACCUAGAAUUUUUCAAUUAUAAGAAUAUAUUCUCUGGGUUCUGCUACGGCCCAGGUGGUAACUUUUUUUUUUCUUUUCUAUUGGGGGGUUCUGAUUUUUUUCCCCCUCCCAGAAAUUGGUUUUGAUGUACCCAAGACUUUAAG